AUGAAUUCAGUUCGUAUGGAAAUGCAACAUCAACGUUAUCGAUUACGUAACGUGGAAGAAGAGAUCCGCUCGUAUGGGGAGUUUAUGAUUUACUGCUUCGUUCUCGCUAUUGCAUUGUGGUUCUUCGCACCGGCUUUUCUGAUGGAGAGUAUUUGCGGAUCAGAAAAUGUCUGGCUUGGACCCAAUUCGUCCCUUCUUGUUAAACCAAGUUCCAGAUUUGUCCAAAGCAUUGAGGUGAAGGAGCUUGAUUACUCUAAACCAGGGCUUAUGCUUUAUGGAUUCUAUGGGUCUCCUUCAUUAAGCUCUGUGGUGAACUGGUCAGAAUCCCGAGUGUUACCUCUCUCACAGAAUAUGUACAAGGCAUGUUUAAGAUUCUCUGUAUUGUUUGGAAUUGUCAUUGAGAUUUGA